GGCAUUAGCGACCGGGAGACAAGCGUUGUCAGUGCUGGGCCGGCUGGCUCGGGUAGCGGCCGCGGCAUUACAUCGUUUUUCAAUCUGUCCGCAAACGCCGCCGCCCGAGACAGAGCCAGGAUGUUCGGGAUGCUGAGCAGCAGCUUUGAGGAUGAUCCCUUCUUCUCUGAUUCUUUUAUGGCACACCAAGAAAGUAUGCGACAGAUGAUGAGAAAUUUUUCUGAACCUUUUGGAAGAGACCUGUUCAGCAUCUCUGAUGGCAGAGGAAGAGCUCGUAACCAUACGGGACAUGAGGAUGGAGAAAAUUCCUUGACUGAUAUCCAGAAGGAAGAAGGAAAAAUUGGAAGACUAGUCUAUGCUAGAGCUGUCCCACAGCCAAGGACACACCACUCACGUACAGAUGUCAACCCUUUUCAGGCAAUGGACCGAAUGAUGUUAAAUAUGCGAAACAGUAUGCAGGAAUUACAAAGAAACUUUGGUCACCUUUCAACGGAUCCAAAUGGACAUUCGUUUAGUUCUUCCUCAGUUAUGACUUAUUCCAAAGUAGGGGAUGAACCACCAAAGGUUUUCCAGGCCUCAACUCAAACCCGCAGGGCUCCAGGAGGAGUAAAGGAAACUAGGAGAGCACUGAGAGAUUCUGAGAGUGGACUAGAAAAAAUGGCUGUUGGUCAUCACCUCCGUGACCGAGCUCAUGUCGUUAAAAAGUCAAAGAACAAGAAGACUGGAGAUGAAGAGGUCAAUCAAGAGUUCAUCAAUAUGAAUGAAAGUGAUGCUCAUGCUUUUGACGAUGAGUGGCAAAAUGAGGUUCUGAAGUACCAACCAAGGGGACAAUGGCACAAUCUAGAAAACUCUAGGAUGCAAAGCAUUGGUCAUGAGAAUUCAGGAUCCCGAGAACUUAAAAGAAGGGAGAAACUGCAUCAAAGUCCAGCCAUUGAACAUGGAAGAAGAUCAAAUGCGUUUGUGGACAAACUCAACAUCAAAGGAUCACCUGUGAAAAUCAACAAAAAAUAAAUAGCAUUGCAUUUGA